AUGACAGAAUCUCGAGCUUCGAUUGCUGGUCUAGAAGAGGCAGAUCAGCCGAUGACUCUGAAUGGCCCCGUUACAGGGGAUCCCAAGCGGGAUGUCAAUCACCUUGACGAGGUGCAACCACCAACCUCUGUACAAACCGACAAAGCCGACCUCGCUCGACAACCCUCGAUCAAGCAGUCUGCAAAGGCUCUCUUGACACCCGAUAUCAGUGAGGCACAGGCGACCCUCCGUCAAACGUUUCCCCACGUCUACUCCUCCAGAAUCCCUUCUGCCCGCACCUCCACCAGCUCCCUACAAGCCCUCAACGAAAAUAUAGUCGUUGAUGCCCGGUCGGAAAAUGGCAGCAUCGGACGAAGCCCUCGGAGAGCAUCUCGACACUCGGACUCGCAGCCUGAUUUUCCUGCCUACCCUGAGCUCCCUGUCUACCCUGAUCAGUCCUAUGCCUCGCUGCAGUCCCAAAUACACCCGACCUGGCAACCACCGCAUCUUCGACCACGAAGUUCAGAUCCAUCACACUCUGAACCAGCUCCGACAACCCAUCCCCGCACUUCUCGUACGGCCGGUAACACCCCGUUGUCAAGUCCAGGGUUAUUUUCCAUGAGAAGCCCUCGGGUCACCCCACCGAAUGCUUCUGAUGAUGAGGGCUCACUCGGAAGCCCUUACCUUCACCCCACGCACAUGCAGCCGCCGAAGGAAACACAUACUGCUGAGGUGGAGCGAGAUAUCAUCACUGGAAACAAGUUCGUUAACCAGUACGAAAUUCUCGAGGAGCUUGGGAGGGGUGAACAUGGCAAAGUGAAGCUGGGAAGGCACGUGACUACGAAGCAAAAGGUGGCCAUUAAGAUUGUCCAACGCUACUCCAAGCGUCGCCGACUCGGCAGAUUGGGUAAUCCGGAGGACAAGGUUAAAAAGGAGGUUGCGAUUCUUAAGAAGGCACGGCAUCCCAAUGUCGUCAGUCUGCUCGAGGUCAUCGAUGAUCCGAAUCAACAAAAGGUCUACAUAGUGUUGGAGUAUGUUGAGAACGGAGAAAUCGUUUGGCGAAAGAAGGGAUUACGAGAGAUCGUCCAUGUUGACAAGCUACGGCUUGAGCGCGAGAAGGCUGGGAUCCCUGAUACCCCGGCCUUCCUGCAGGAGAGCCAACAGUUCAUCCGGACGGCGCAACACCUACGUCGGCAACGAGAAAGGGCACGAGAGCGGCUUGAAGCGCAGGCCGCAGAUGCACAACAAGGGCCUAUCCCAGGUUGGAGUUUGGAGCACGGUGCAGAAUCAUCAGAUGAAGAGGACGAAGGUCUCGGGCUGGCUAUGCGGAGACCAUCCAUCCGCUCGGUUGCGGUCACCGAUGAUACUAUUCCCAGUCAGUCCUCUGCUCAGGAGUCACUCGCCGCUAUUGAGGGGAGUAUGUACGGUGCCUACACCGACUACCCCUUUGAGCGGCGGUUCAGCACAGCUUCUAGCAGCUUUGGCUAUGCUCCAUCCGAGCCAGAGUGGUCUGCAGAUUGUGACGACAUGUCGUAUGUGCCUUGUUUGACGAUCAACGAAGCGCGUAGCGCAUUCCGAGAUUCAGUCCUUGGAUUGGAGUAUCUCCACUAUCAGGGUAUCAUUCAUCGUGACAUCAAGCCGGCCAACCUGCUAGUCACUAGUAGCCAUCGUGUCAAGAUUUCCGACUUCGGUGUUUCGUACUUGGGUCGACCAAUGCGUGACGAGGAAGAGGAGCAAUUGGAGGCGACUGAUGCGACUGAGCUAGAUGAUGCCCGUGAGUUGUCUAAGACUGUUGGUACCCCAGCUUUUUACGCUCCCGAACUCUGCUAUACUGGUGACGACUUCGUUGAUUCCAUUGGCACUAUUCCCAAGAUCACCGGUGCUAUCGAUGUGUGGUCUCUGGGUGUCACAUUGUACGGAAUGGUGUUUGGCCGUCUCCCCUUUGUGUCCGAUGAUGAGUACAGCAUGUUCCAGACCAUUGUCAAGAAGGAGGUCUUUAUCCCGCGCAAGCGCCUUGUACCCGUCAAGGAUGAGUCCACCGAAGGAAUUCAACCAUUUUGCCGUGACCCUGGUGAACUUGUGUAUGAGGAUAUUGAUGACGAGCUGUACGACCUUCUGCGGCGGUUGUUGACCAAGGAUCCGGUUCGCCGCAUCACAUUAAAAGAGAUCAAGCAUCACCCAUGGACAUUACGCGGUCUGCCCAACCGUCGUGCCUGGGUGGAGGAGUCAGACCCUGGCUACCAGAGCAAGGGCAAGAGGAUCGAGGUUUCAAACGAAGAAGUCACCAGCGCUGUCAGCAAGGUGCCUUUCAUUCAGCGCGUCCGAUCCAACGUCGCCAAGUGCACAUUUGGGAAGGCUUCUCGUGGUGGUACAGACAGUCGUCGAUCCAGCCUACGCGGGGAUGAGGACAUUUCUCGCUCGUCCAAACUUGGAGGCCAAGGCGAGCAUCCGCUGGCACAGAGCGUUACUGCUAGCCCGGUAGAGGAGGAAAUUAGCUGGGCCACAUCCUACUUCCCGCUCCACGAGCUCAAGCCUUAUGCGCCUUAUAAUCAUUCCCAACCUCAUGCCCGUGAUACUACUCCGGCCCCUGUGCCGACUGUUCAACGACCUGCUGGCCCGCGUCGUGCCAAGUCGUCAAUGUCUACUGCUGAAUCUACCAAGACUGUCAAGCCUUCCAGCUUUGACUCACACAGCACUGUGCGUCCCCGCACCGGCGCAAUAAUCGAAGCCUUGGGAACAACCAGCCUUGGCAGCAUCUUCAGCGGCGCCACGAAGCGUGCCUCAGGGGCGUUCGGCUCGAGUCGCAGCCGACGCAGCUCGCCAACCGGUGAGACUGUGUCCCUUGAUGGAGAUCGUCGCUCUGAGCCUAGUCUUGCUGUGAGUAAUGCCUCCGCCAUCGGCCAUUUGCGAACGGCCGGUCUGUGGCAGGCUGCGAUUCCCUCGCCCUCCAGCACGCCUUUGUCAACAUCAGCUCACCGACGCAACCGGUCUCACCAGCUUGCGGGCAAAUCGUCCGCGGAGUCCUUUCAUCUCACUAGGGAGGCGCUUCUGCGCCGACGGAGAAGUGACAUUGAGCCCAGCGCCGAAAAUGCUUUGGCUCCUAGGAAUCCAAAUGAAAGUGCCAUGUACUCAUCAGACUCUCUACACCUACCGUCACUAGCUCCUCCUGAGCCUGUGUGUUCUGCCGACCGUCCCAGCACCGGGUUGAUUAACUCCACCCUCUCCGCCGCCACUAUCUCUUCCUCCUCGGCCGAUGAUUUCACCAGCGGCAUGUCCCAGAGCGCUUCUCACCCGAGCAUUCCAUCCGUCGUCUCCGGUGCCUCCUCGCUUUCCGGCGAUGGUCUGUACCUCAAUGAUAAGGACUCCGGUGUACCAUCUAUCCUACGAACUGGCGAGACCGUUAAAGCUCACCACUCAAGCUCGCUACGUCCCGAGGAAGACGAAUCCAGGUACUACUGCGAUGACGAAGACGAGGAUGAAUCCGAAGAGGAGAUUCUAGUGAUCGGCAAGAAAAAAGCACCUACCGAAAAUAAGGCCAAGCCCACUCUCCGAUCAUCUACUUGA